UAUUCUAUUUUUCUAAAAUAAAUAAUAUACAAUAUAGUAAUUAUACAUAAUAUUACAAUGGCAGACUGCGAUGCAAUUGACUUUCUAAAAGCCUGGAGUCUGGAGCAAUACAUUGAAGUUUUUCGUGAAAACGAUAUAGAUAUGAAGACUAUACCCUUGCUAACUGAAACCAUGAUGAUGGAAUUAAUUCCAAGUGUUGGACAUCGAGCUCGAUUAAAAUCAAAUAUUGACCAAUGGAAAAAUAUUAUCCAGCAGAUACCUUCAACCUCAGAAAUAUUGGAACUCCUAAAAACUACAAAUGAAGGGAAAUCGUUAUUGUCAACAUUUCAUCAAAAUGGUUUGUUAGAUAGUGCAGGUCGUAGGCGUUUGUGUCAUUUAAUAAUAAAUAGAGAACUCAGAGAUGAUGUCCAAAGACGUAUUCCAUCGUCACGUUUACAUAACCUUGCGUACCAAAUCACAAAAGUUUUUCAAAAUGAACGAGCAUCAACUUAUUUUAUUCCAUACAUUUCUUACGGACCGGGCUUAAAAAGAGCAGCCAAAGGAAAGCUUCUCGAUUGUUUGAAUAAUAGAAGAAGAGAAUACAGAAAAGCUGGUUUGAUAAAUUCAUCGAGACGAAGUUCAACAUCUUCUGAAUCAUCUUUUAAUUCUAUACCAUUACCGGAAGGACUUGUACAAUUAACUGAAGAAGAAGGAAAUUAUAUAGAAUCUGUUGUGGAGGAAAAUCUCAAUUGGCUAAGAAACUCAAGUGAUCCAUGGGAUUUAGUAGAAAUAAAUUGGAAUUUGACUUCCAGCUAUCGCUUAAAAAGACUGAUGUCACAAGAUGGUCCUUCAAUAGCAGAGUACAUGACUGAGUUUCCAUGCUUGAAAAAACCUGCAGGAUAUCUCCUUAUUUUGAAAGACUUUAACGUUGCUUAUCCAAAAUCAGUUGACAAACUUUAUCAGAACCUACCAAUAUACAGAAAGAAGAUUAUCGAUCUAACAUUGACUAGAACUAAGAAAACUAAAGAUUCCACUGUGCAUCAAAUUUUAAAUGAAUACUUACAGUACAACUCUGACGAUGAAGAAACAUCGAAUAUAGUUUGUUUGUUUUGUUUGGUCUUCCUCGUUGGAUUUUUCAGUAGUUAGGGGAAAAAAGUCUACAAGUCAAUGGAAGCCAUCAAAGUUAGAAGCUAGAGAUGGAUUUAUCACCAAAGUAUCAAGUGACGCAGAAGUCCAGGA